CGCCAUACGUUGUGACGUCGUACUGUACUAUUAGUUCCAAUAACUGCACCAUCGGGUGCUCUAGCCGUAUCGGAGAGUAUAUACUAUAUAGGAGAGACCUGGCAAAGAGACUGCAAAGCACUGCAAAGAGAUUAAGAGACAGCAGCGAAUGCGGCGCUGUCUUGCCCGCCCCUAACCUGCCCCUAACUAUUCGUUGUGUUAUACAUAUAUGUAGUCAUUAUAAUAGGUAAAAACCUUAUGCACAUGUUCACAUCUGUCAGAUAUAUACAUAGUGAUUGCACAUUGUGAAUGAACUGAAUUAAAUAUUAGGGUAUAUUGUUGACAAAUUGUAAAUUAUGGCGACUGUCAAGUCGGUCGUUCUGUCUGGGGCAAUGAAUUUUUUGAAGAUGAAUCCAUUAAACUUGCUUGCUCCUUGUGUUAAUACUGGAGUAAAUUUACAAUUUGUUCGGUAUCGCAGAGCUAAACAUUGGAAUCCCAAAUUCAAGAGGUUGAGAGCACAAAAGGUGAUUAAAAUUGACUUACCUCGAUUUAACGAAGAUCCUAAUGAACUUUCUGAAGAGGAAGUGCGUACUAAGAUGAAAGAGAGAGGUGUACUUCCUCCUCGUCCAUGGAUGGAGCAACCUGUUCAUAUUAGCUGUACUGGUGGUAUAUUUGAACCAUAUGUACCUCCAGAAGGUGAUGGCAAAAAAUCUGCAAUUUCUACAUCAGGUGCAAAGCAAACAAUUGAAUUCUUUGAAAAGAAAAGCAAGUCCGUGAUGGCUGUUAGAAAGAUACGUUCAUUUGAUGAAGAUUUUAAUCGUCAUGCAUUUGCUGAGUCAGCUCAAGAUAUAUACAUAAAGGCGCAUACCUACAUGAUAAACAAAGAUAAAUAUAAAUUGCGGGAAGUUGUUACUGAGAGAGCAUAUCCAGAAAUAAUGCAUAACAUUAAAAACACUACUAUCCACUGGAAAUUUAUUCAGUCUCUGGAACCUCCUAGAGUGGUUCAUGCUCGAUGCACAGAUAUUAUAACAAAAGACAACAUUUUUGCACAGUUGACUGUGCGAUUUCAUUCUCAACAGGUUUUAGCAAUUUAUGAUAGAUUUGGGCGCCUGAUGCAUGGCAGUGAAAUAUUGGCCAAAGAUGUGCUGGAAUAUGUAGUGUUUGAAAAACAUUUAUCAAAUCAGUAUGGUCUGUGGCGCCUUCAUGACAAAAUUAUUCCUGAUUGGAUGCCUCCUAGAGAACCUGGUUUGAAGACAUUUGUUCGUCAGGAAAUUCCUGUGUCAACUGAAAUAGAAAGUGAAAGUGAAGUGGCUGUUGUUGACAAUGAAAAAUCUAAAGCACCUGAAACUGUAAACGUGCAAUAAAUACAUUUAGUUUUAUGGAGAAGUAGCAUUUUUAGAGUAAUAAACAGUCAUUUAAAAUUGUUUCUUAAUUUGCUAGUACAAAUUGUUUUGUAUCAACGAGGAAAUAAAAACGUUAUUUGACUUCAGCUCUAAAA